CACAAACUAUACCGCUUUCUCUCUCUAAAACACCAAAUUCCCUUCUUCAAUGGACGAGCACACCUCCCCGCUCCUCCCCUUACACGGCGGCGAAGACUCAAUCCACCGCUCCAUAAGCUUCCACACCCAGAUCAAAUCCAUUUUCACCCUAAAAAACUUCUGCGUUUUGUUGGGUCCUCUAUUAUGCACCAUUAUAUGCCUGUCGGUUAAGCUGGAAGGACCAUCUCCGACCACCAGCCGGAACAUGCUCGGCGUCCUUGCGUGGGUGUUCGCAUGGUGGCUCACGGAGGCCGUCCCCAUGCCUAUCACCUCUAUGUCGCCGCUCUUCCUUUUCCCUAUCUUUGGGAUAGCCGCCGCCGAUGAUGUGGCCCACUCUUACAUGGAUGAUGUCAUCUCCCUUGUUCUUGGAAGUUUUAUACUUGCUCUUGCUGUUGAGCAUUACAACAUCCAUAGACGAUUAGCCUUCAAUAUAACACUGCUGUUUUGUGGGGAUCCACUAAACCCACAACUUCUUCUGCUCGGAAUAUGCGCCACGACAGCAUUUGUAAGCAUGUGGCUGCACAAUGUGGCGGCCGCCGUCAUGAUGAUGCCGGUGGCGACCGGAAUCCUCCAGCGGUUACCGUCGGGAUCCGGUGAAUCGACGGUGAUAACUAAGUUUUGUAAAGCGGUGGUCCUUGGAGUGAUAUACUCGGCGGCGAUAGGAGGAAUGAGCACCUUAACAGGGACAGGUGUCAACCUCAUAUUGGUUGGGAUGUGGAGGAGCUAUUUUCCGGAAGCAGAUCCGAUAAGUUUUAACACAUGGUUUUACUUCGGAUUUCCAAUGGCAGUUUUGUUAUUUUUUGCUUUGUGGGCCAUACUUUGUGUUAUUUAUUGCCCAAGAGGAUCUGGUGAUGUCUUGUCAGCUUAUUUGGAUAAAGCCCAUUUAAAGAGGGAGCUUGACUUGUUAGGUCCAAUGGCUUUUGCUGAAAAGAUGGUGUUAGCUGUGUUUUCUAUGUUAAUUGUUUUGUGGAUGACACGAAGCAUAACCGAUGAUAUACCUGGAUGGGGUGCCCUUUUCAAUGACCGUGUUGGUGAUGGAACCGUUAGUGUAAUGAUGGCAACUUUACUCUUCAUAAUCCCUAACAAGAAGCAAUUAGGAGAGAAGCUAAUGGAUUGGAAUAAAUGCAAGAAAUUACCAUGGAAUAUCGUUUUGUUACUUGGAGCUGGUUUUGCAAUAGCAGAUGGAGUAAGAACAAGUGGUCUCGCUGAUGAAUUAUCCAAAACCCUACAAUUUUUAGCACACGUACCAUACUUAGCAGUUGCCCCGACGAUUUGUCUCAUAAGUGGAGGCAUUACCGAGUUUACCUCAAACAAUGCCACAACUACCCUUCUCAUUCCACUAUUGAUCCAAAUUGCACAAACGAUUAAUGUCCACCCUCUUCUCCUUAUGAUUCCUGGAUCCAUUGGAGCUCAAUUUGCUUUCUUACUUCCUACUGGAACCGCUUCAAAUAUUGUAGGGUUCACAACUGGACAUAUUGAUAUCGUAGAUAUGCUUAAAACUGGCUUGCCACUGAAAAUUGUUGGAACGGUUGUAUUAUCGGUUUUAAUGCCUACUCUUGGAGUGCUCGUCUUUGUGAAGAACAAAGAGAUACCAUUUUGAAAUAUUCAAGAUUAAUUUUUGUUAAUGUUUGUAACCCCUCCAAAAUGUAUGUAUAUUGUAGCAACAUGGGGCUCCUUUCUUGUUUGUAUCAUUUUACUAGAAUAUAGUACAUAUGGCGUAAACGACCAGUCGACCACAAAGGAGGUUGUGCAAAAAAUUUCAUUUUUGUAUAUUUUUUUUAUUUA